AUUUCAUUGGAGUAUAUUUGCUCCACGAUUUUACUUUUAUUUACAUAUAAUUAAAAGUAUGAAAGUAACAAUUUAACAAUCCAUAACAUUGUUCUAGUAAAAACUAUUUUUUCAUUUAUUCAAGUAUUUCUGAAGACUAUUUUUAUUUUGCAUAAUAAAAAGAAAAGAUUGUGUAUAUAAAGGAUAUAGUAACAAAUUAAGCAUAAAUAUUGGUGCUGCAAUUAUUUUUUACUUUUUUAAUAUCUCAUUUUUUUUGUAUAACUAUCACACGAAAUGUUUUAUCUGAUGUAAAUAUUGAGUAAAUUUAUAGAUACCAGAUUAUUAAAGUAAAAAUAGAUAUACCACAUAGUAGCACCAAUAUCUAAAUCUUGUGAAGCACCAACUAGCACCACCAUAUAAAACAAAUUUAAUAUUGUCCAUCUUUAAAUCACGCAUUUAGACCAAAUAACUUUAAAGCAUUGAAAGCAGUAGCUAAAGCAACUUCUUCUGGAGUUGUUUGCAUAAAAGCUGCUACCAUUUCGACUAUAGCUGGCAAGGCACAUGGCUCAUUGCGUUGAAAAGUGCAAUAACGAUGAAGAAAAGUCAUGGAUCGUUCAGUUAAAGCAUCCUUAACGCGUACAGGUAAUUUACUAGCUCUAGUAUUAGGAUACAUAAAUGGGGCAUCAGUUUCAACUAAUAUUUUAUCUAAUGGUGCCUGACCUGCUUCUAACAAUUGUCUUAUACCACUAUCUGACUUAUCUUUACAUAAGUAGCCUGUUAUUCCUAAAUAAAAUCCUUGAUCUAAAUAAAUUUGUGCUUCCUCUGCUGUUCCAAUAAAAGAAUGAAUUAAAACUGGUGGCAAACGAUUUUUAUAAUGACUAAGAACUUCCAAUACAUCGGCCUGUGCUGCUCUUUCGUGUAUUAUAAGUGGUUUAUUUAAUUGACAUGCCAGCUCUACUUGUUUAUGAAAGACAGUACGUUGUGUCUCAGGAUCAGAAAAAUCACGAUUAUAAUCUAAACCACAUUCUCCAAUCGCAACGCAUUCUGGAUUUGUAGCUAUGCUUUCAAGUUCUUGUAAAGUAUCUGGAUUUUCCCAUGAUUUUGCAUCAUGUGGAUGUACACCAGCAGUUGAAUAAAGAGUACCAGGAUAUAUUCUUGUCAGUCUUAAAGCCUCUUUACUAGAACGAAUGCUUGCACCUGUAACCAUGAUCUUCUGGACUCCUGCAUCUUUAGCUCUUUGUAUUACGCUAUCUAAAUCUCGACUGUAUUUCUUAUUUGUAAGAUUGGCACCAACAUCAACAAUAAUAUAGUUUUCGUAACAUCGAGUCAUAGCUGAGGAAAUAGCAUUUUCCUCUGAAUUUGAACUAGCAGCAUUUUCUGCCAUUGUUUGUUAUUUAAUUAAGAAUGCCUGAAACAAUUUAAAGAGAUAUUCGUAUAGUAAUCGGUAUUAGUAAUAAAAAUAGGUCUAUCUGCAACUGCAUUAUAUCAUUAUGUUGAUAAAAUAAACAUAAAUUUUCUUAACCUAUAACAAAACACACAUCUCUCUUUCGAAGUAAUAGAAAAAAAUGUGAAAUCUGCAAAUAUUUCUUAUAAAAUAAUAUAGUAUUUCUAAAUUACUUGCAAUUAAUUUUAACAACUGGAUUAAAACUUAUAUAUCAUACUUUGGCAAUGUUAAUGAAAUCUCACGUAACUACUUCUCUUUAACUGUUUAAUUAAUACUGAUAAUAAUAUAUCUUGUCGUAAAACGUGUGAAUUUUUAUUACACGAACCUUUUUGUUUCUUUUUAUAUUAUAAAAUAACUAAAUGAACGAAACUGCCAGUAUCAAUUACAAUAUGUUCACUUCGACAUUAUUGAUAUCACAAAACUUCGAAGACGUUACAUUUUCAAGAGAACAGGCCAACAGCAAAAAUGAAACGACGUUCAAAAGUACAAAAACUAGCACGUGCUAAAUGUAUUAUAAAUAAAGCUAAUUCUAUGAAAGAUCCAUUUCAAAUGAUUGAAAUGUAUCAUACGUAUGUAGGAAAAAACGAAUAUAUUGUAAAUUUAACUUGUGUUAAGGCUAAAGAAGCAUCAUCUGAAUGUCGGCUUUGGAUAUUCGACAUUAUGGAAAGAAAUAUGAAAAAUUUGUAUGAACAGUCUAGUUGGGGAUGGGAUGCAAUUGCUAAACAGAAAGAAUUAACAGAACCAACAGCUUGGUAUUUGAUAGCAUCUUGUAGUAACAAAUUUAUAGGAUUUUCUCAUUUUCGUUUUGACAUAGAUUACAAAGUUGAAGUGCUAUAUUGUUAUGAGUUACAAUUAGAAGAAUCAGCAAGAGGCAAAGGCCUUGGUCGUUUUAUGAUGCAAGCUCUUGAAUCUAUGGCAUCAAAACAUAAAAUGCAAAAAGUAGUAUUAACAGUAUUAAAAAAUAAUCUACCAGCAUUACAGUUCUUCUACACGCUUGGUUUCAAACUGGACAACACUAGCCCGCUGGAGUCAGAGAAGAAAGAUUAUAUUAUUUUAAGUAAACAGGUUAUAAUUCCUGCCUCGUGAAAACAUUUUCUACAAUAAAUAUGCUUUCAUUUUAAUAUUGUGUUUUAUGAAAUAAAAUAGAUAAUAUUUCGUUCGGACAUAAAGUAACAAUCGAUGAUUUAAGAAAUGAGCCAACAUCAUAAAAUGUAAGAGGAGCUUUACUAAUUGUCAUAUCUUUCAAAUAGUUUAGGAAUGAUACAUCGAUUUUUCCCGAAUUGGAGAUAUUAAAUUGUUGCAAAUAAGCCUCUGAUCGCCAACAAA